AGAUGGAUGAGGAUGAGGAGGGCUGGAGAAGGGCCGUGAAAGGAGCAAAGGCUGGGACCGCACUGAGCUGCUCGGGCAGCUGCUGCUCUUCGCUGGCCAUGGCUGUGAAAGACCCCACAGCUGUUGAACGAGCAAAUUUAUUGAAUAUGGCUAAAUUAAGUAUCAAGGGACUCAUUGAAUCAGCUCUAAGCUUUGGCCGAACUCUUGAUUCUGACUAUCCACCUCUGCAACAGUUCUUUGUCGUCAUGGAGCACUGCCUGAAACAUGGCCUUAAAGUAAAAAAAUCUUUUCUAAGUUACAAUAAAACAAUCUGGGGCCCUCUGGAGCUUGUGGAAAAGCUGUACCCAGAAGCUGAGGAAAUCGCUGCUAGCGUUAGAGACUUACCUGGUCUCAAAACUUCAUUAGGACGUGCUCGGGCUUGGUUACGACUGGCACUUAUGCAAAAAAAGAUGGCUGACUAUCUGCGAUAUCUCAUCUUACGGAAGGAUCUCCUUGGUGAAUUUUAUGAAUAUCAUGCACUGAUGAUGGAAGAAGAAGGAGCAGUUAUUGUUGGGUUGCUCGUUGGUUUAAAUGUAAUAGAUGCAAACCUGUGUGUAAAAGGAGAAGAUUUGGAUUCACAAGUCGGUGUGAUUGAUUUCUCAAUGUAUUUAAAGAAUGAAGAUGAUAUUGAAAGCAAAGAAAGAAAUGACCAUAUUGCUGCUAUAUUGGAUCAAAAGAAUUAUGUUGAAGAACUAAACCGGCAGCUGAAUAGCACAGUCAGCAGCCUCCAUACCCGCGUUGAUUCACUAGAGAAGUCAAAUACUAAACUAAUUGAAGAGUUAGCAAUAGCCAAAAACAACAUUAUUAAACUUCAAGAAGAAAAUCAUCACUUAAGAAGUGAAAACACAUUGAUUUUAAUGAAAACACAGCAUCAUCUAGAGGUGAACAAAGUCGAUGCUGAAGCAGAACUUCAGACAUACAAACACUCUAGACAAAGCUUGGAUGAAAUGUACAAUGAAGCACACAGACAGCUUCGAGAAGAAUCACAGUUAAGACAAGAUAUAGAGAAUGAGCUGAUGGUCCAAGUUGGCAUGAAGCAUGAGAUAGAACUUGCAAUGAAGCUGUUGGAGAAAGAUAUACAUGAAAAACAAGACACCCUUAUAAGUCUGCGGCAACAGUUAGAGGAAGUCAAAGCAAUAAAUGCAGAAAUGUACCAAAAGCUGCAGGUAUCAGAUGAUGCCAUGAAAGAAAAGAAUGAAAUAAUUGGCCGACUGGAGGAUAAAACCAGUCAGAUUACGGCAACUAUGAAGCAAUUAGAGCAAAGAUUGCAGCAAGCAGAGAAGGCUCAAAUGGAGGCAGAGAGUGAGGACAAGAGAUUUAAACAAGAUUAUAUGAGUAAAUCUGAAAGUCUCCAGAAAGAAAUUGCCCAGAAGGAGAAAAAAGUGUGUCAGUUGGAAACAGAUUUGAAAAUAGAAAGAGAAUGGCGACAAACCAUGGAAGAGGAUCUUAAAAAGGAAAAAGAAACAUCAUCUUCCUUGAAGACAGAGACCCAACAAAUCAUUACUCUUAAAAAAGAAUUCCUAAAAUUACAUGAAAAAAACAAGCAGUUGAAAAAUCUGUCCCAUGGUCAAGAAGAAGCUCUCCAAGAACUGGCUGGCAAACUUAGCGAAUCAAAGCUUAAAAUAGAAGAUAUAAAAGAAGCAAACAAAACAUUGCAGGGGCAGGUCUGGCUAAAGGACAAGGAAGCUACCCACUGCAAAUUAUGUGAAAAGGAAUUUUCUCUUUCCAAAAGGAAGCAUCACUGUAGGAACUGUGGUGAAAUUUUCUGUAAUGCCUGCUCUGACAAUGAACUGCCUUUGCCAUCUUCGCCAAAGCCUGUACGAGUCUGUGAUUCCUGUCAUGCACUGCUCAUACAGAGGUGUUCUUCCAAUGUGCCAUAAGAGUCAUCUACAGAUUUAUAAAAUGUCACUUCUCUACAAGGAUAAGUAUGAUAGUGUUGCUAUACCUACUCCUGCAACGCUAGUCAAUACCUUUGUAUUGUCAAAAUCAUGUAAACACCCAUUCCCAAAACCUUUGUUGCAUUAAUGUUCCUGCAGUGCCAGCAUGAUGUCAUGUUUUGUGAGGUUGUGCUAAUGCAGUGACUGAUUUGUAUCUGCUUGUGCAACACGUUAUCAUCCAUACAGGCAGGAAUGUUCCAUGUUCGAUGCAUCUGCCAUUUUAUCAUACAAAUGACCAUUCCAAGGUUCUUACUUUGGGAAUAGGUUGACAUGCUUAGAAGUCAGAGAGGAGCUGGGCAGAGCUUCAUGGGUGGUGAAGUGAGGUUCAUUAUCCUGUGCAGUUUUAUAUCCUUUCUAUCCUCCCCAUACCCCCCCAAGACUCUCGUCUGUUAGUGCAGCACUUUGUAUACGUGUGGUGGCUUAGCUAGAGUAAGAAGGUAGAGGGCUGUGAUGCAGGACAACGGUGCUUGCGCUUGAUGGGAAGAUUCAUGAUGCUCAUCAGUUGGAGCUCUACCUUGGAUAGAGGCCUGCCAGGUCUGGGAGAUCUCCCAAUAUAGUUCUCUUCCUGAGAACUCCCUGUCUUACAUUAUAUGCACUGGGAUAUGGGAGAGAGCCUAGCACAAGGAAGGACAGGUGAGAGGGGUGAUAAUGGAAAAUGUGAAAUGUUUCUGUUCUGAGCCUCAGGUGAGAAAACUUGUUAGGAAUUUGAGGGAUGCCCUGAACUCCUGUCCAGUUGGAAUCUAAUUCCUCACCACAAUAUGCAGUAAUGUAGCAGUUACAAAAUCUUUUAAACAGUACCACAGAAGGGUACUUAAAGGACAUUGGCUAACUUGAUAGGUGCCUUUUCUUUCUGUACCCAUCAAAAGUAGAUAUCAAACUAUUGAGAAACAACUUAUACAACCAUGUACAUCAGAGUUUUGUGUGUAUUUCUGUCAGGUUGGAGUGUGUGGAAGUGAUGUUUACAGGAAAAUUGGGUAAUUAAGAGAUUUGUAUUUCAUAUAAUAGAAGCAUUAUAGUGUAUACAGUAAAACAAAUUUCUAAGACCAAAUUCUUAAGAAUACUUACACAAUAGCAAACCCUUGUAUUAAAUAUAAUAAAACAUGCCAGGGUGCCUUUUUAUUUGACUUGUACCAUUUUAUUUGACGUGUACAUCUAACCCAGAAAGAGGAGAAAAAAGUUAUUUCCUCUAAUUUAAUUCAUUUUUUAUAUAAUUUGAUAUUUUGUUUCAUUUUCAAGAUAGUAACUCUACACAAAAUCACAGUAGCUAAUGAAAUAGUUUUUAUGGUUUCUGAAAAGGUGGACUGUGUUGCUGAGCUGCUAAAUGACCAUUAGUAUCCACAGCACCCAAGUACCACAGAUUUAAGAUCAGCAAAGAGCCCUUUCUUGCUUUAGACUUAUGAGAACCAUGAGGAAUACAAAAGACCUGAUGAGUUGUGCAUUUAGUUAGGGCUUCUGCACCUUUAAUAGUGUGACAAAAGGAAAUGUAAGCACAUUUGAAAGCAAUUCUGAUUUCCAGAUGACUUACUUUUUAUAGUAUAUUUAAAAGUUGGAACAUAUGUUCUCACUUGGCUCUCACCCACCCCAAGCACAACAC